AGCCAGGCAGGCAGGGAGGGGAGGAUGAUGAUGGAGCUAAGAUGGCAGCCCUGCUGAGGGUGCUGCCUCUCCGGGGUCAAGAAAUAAUCAAGGAGCGAAUGAAAUCAAAGAUACUUUAGGGCGGAUUUUUGGGAAAUGAGCGGCGCCGUUUAUGUCAUCUGUCAAGAAAUUGUAUUAUGGCUCGAUGUGAUACAUUGUCCCGGCGACGAGCACCGUAUUGACGCUGUGGCUGCUGGAUCAGAAGACCGUAGUUGCGCCACCAGAUUGGCUACUAUUUGCGCUCAUAAUCAUCGUGGAUGUUAAUUGUGGUAUUUGUGCAACUCGGAAUGGGCAAUUGAUGUGACAUGUGGCGGCUUUGAUGACAAGCAGAUUCCUUCUGAUGGCUAGAUAUCGUCUAGCCGUGAUAUUAUUUGAGUGAUAUAUGCAUUGUUCUCCAAAACGAUGAUGUGUGCUGCUGCUGCGGCAGCGGCCGCCGCCGCCAACGGUGCUGGUGCUGGUGGUGGAAUUUUACCCUCUUCAUCGCCGUCGAUGGGGCUGGGUGUCCGGGUCAUUUCUGGAGCAGGAGCCGAUCUCUCCACUAUUGGUUCGGGUAUGGGUUCUUGUCCGGCACCAGGAGCCCAGUCGGACUGUCGGACUCGGUACCAGCUUUUACUCUCAGGACGAGCUCUGGCGGAAAGAUAUAGACGGAUUUAUACUACAGCGAUCAACGACAAAGAGCAAGGGAUAAAUCAAGGAAGGGGGAAGAAGGCUUUGAGUAAGAAGAAACUGAAAAGGCGACAGAAAAUCAAGUCAAAAGUCAAAUCAAGAACAAAGGCAGAGACUAUAGAUGGAGCCCUCUUUGUGCCAGACAUCAAGCUACACAGCAACCCGUCUGCAUUCAAUGUCUACUGCAAUGUGCGACACUGUGUGCUGGACUGGCAGCAGAGAGAGGCCUCCCUGGCACUGGCGUCCAGGAGCUCGGUGCAGAGUGGCGACUCUGACAGUGAGGAGGAAGAAGAAUACCGUGAGCCAGCAGUCAAGUUGCCAAAGAUCAUUGGCAUUGGCCUGUGCGGGGUAUUCGAACUGAUAAAAGAGACCCGGUUCUCUCACCCUUCACUGUGCCUGCGUAGCCUGCAAGCCUUGUUGGACAUGCUACAGGGACAACAGCCUGAGGGCUUCCAGACCGAGCCUCCCGAUGUGUUAGAAUCUCUUUUCCAAUUGUUGUUGGAGACUACAGUCCGGAGCACAGGGCCCAAUGACCCAACAGGACAGGCGAUCACAGCCUUGUCCUGCGCUUGCCUCUUCAGUCUAGUAGUGUCCUGGGGAGACACGGGAAAAAUCCUGCAGGCCGUGUCUGCCAUCCUCACUAACAAUGGCAGCCAUGCCUGCCAAACAAUACAGGUGCCCACCAUCCUCAAUGCCCUACAGAGAAGUGUACAGGCUGUUCUAGUGGGAAAGAUUCAAAUUCAAGAUUGGUUUGGAAAUGGCAUCAAACGUGCUGCCCUGAUGAACAAAUGGCUCCUGAAGGAGGUGACCAUUGACGAGGAUGAGCACUGUCUUCUGCAGACCGAUGGCUCCUUUCUGUACUUGCUCUGCAAAGAUGGUCUAUACAAAGUGGGCUCAGGAUACAGUGGCACUGUCCGGGGCCACGUGUACAACUCCACGUCCCGAAUCAGGAAUCGAAAGGAGAAGAGGUCAUGGCUGGGUUUUGCUCAGGGGUUUUUGUUGUAUCGGGACACAAGUAACCACAGUAUGUCAGCCAUUAAGAUCAACCCUGAGACCUUGGAGCAUGAGGGGACUGUCACCAUGCCAGGGCAACACUCAGAUGGACAAAACAUCAUCUUCACAGACGGAGAGUACAUCAACCAGAUAGCAGCCUGCAAAGAUGAUGGUUUUGUGGUGCGAAUCUAUACCAUGCCAUCUAUAUCGUGCUCUGAUCCAGGCCUGCAGCAGGAACUGCAGCUGAAAUUGGCAAGAAAAUGUCUGCAUGCCUGUGGCAUUUCUCUCUUUGACCUUGAGAAGGAUCUGCACAUCAUAAGCACCGGCUUUGAUGAAGAGGCAGCAUUGCUUGGAGCAGGCAGGGAGUUUGCUCUGAUGAAAACUGCCUCGGGAAAGAUCUACUAUACAGGAAAGUACCAGAGCCUUGGUAUAAAGCAGGGUGGCCCAUCAGCAGGAAAAUGGGUGGAACUGCCUGUUACCAAGUCUCCGAAGAUCAUCCAGUUCUCAGUUGGUCAUGAUGGUUCCCAUGCACUACUUGUUGCCGAAGACGGAAGUGUGUUCUUUACAGGUUCUGCCAGCAAGGGAGAGGAUGGCGAGUCUACUAAAAGCCGGCGGCAGCCCAAGCCGUACAAACCCAAGAAGAUGAUCAAACUAGAGACCAAAACGGCAGUGUAUACAGCAUGCAACAAUGGCAGCAGCAGCAUUGUCACCAAAGAUGGAGAGCUCUACAUGUUUGGCAAAGAUGCUAUUUAUAGUGACAGUACCUGUCAGGUGACAGACCUGAAAGGUCACUUUGUAACUCAGGUUGCCAUGGGAAAGGCCCAUACUUGUGUCCUGACCAAGAGUGGUGAAGUUUGGACAUUUGGUGUGAAUAACAAAGGCCAAUGUGGCCGAGACACUGGAUCCAUGAACCAGACGGGGAAAGCGUUUGGUGUGGAGAACAUGGCCACAGCCAUGGAUGAAGACCUGGAGGAUGAGCUGGAGGAGAAGGAAGAGAAGAGCAUGAUGUGCCAGCCAGGCAUGCACAAGUGGAAGCUGGACCAGUGCAUGGUCUGCACGGUAUGCGGAGACUGCACUGGCUACGGUGCCAGCUGUGUCAGCAGUGGACGGCCAGACAGAGUACCUGGAGGUAUCUGUGGCUGUGGGUCUGGAGAGUCUGGUUGUUCAGCAUGUGGCUGUUGCAAAGCCUGUGCCCGUGAGCUUGAUGGUCAGGAGGCGAGACAGAGAGGCAUCUUUGAUGCUGUGAAGGAGAUGAUUCCACUGGACCUGCUGCUUGCUGUGCCUGUCCCUCCCCCUCCAGGAGUGAACAUUGAGGAACACAUUCAGAUCCGUCAGGAGGAGAAACGACAGAGGAUCAACCGCCGGCAUAGGCUGGAGGAAGGCCGAGGCCCCCUUGUUUUUCCUGGUCCCAUUUUUAUGAACCAACGUGAGCAGGUCCUAGCCAGAAUAAGACCCCUUCAGGCACUAAGGCAUAAACGGGACAAGCACAAAGAUGGUAGCAGUGAACGGGGAGAGAAAGAUGCCAGCAAAAUAACCACCUACCCUCCAGGAGCAGUGAGAUUUGACUGUGAGCUGCGGGCUGUGCAGGUCAGCUGCGGGUUCCACCACUCAGUGGUGUUGAUGGAAAAUGGAGAUGUCUAUACAUUUGGUUACGGCCAACAUGGGCAGCUCGGACAUGGAGAUGUCAACUCCAGGGGUUCUCCAACUCUGGUGCAGGCCCUUACAUGUCCGAGUGUCCAGGUGACAGCAGGCAGUAACCACACAGCCGUUCUCCUCAUGGAUGGGCAGGUCUUCACAUUUGGCAGCUUCUCUAAAGGGCAGCUUGGCCGGCCCAUUGUAGACAUGCCCUACUGGAACGCCAAGCCCUCUCCGAUGCCCAACAUCGGUGCCAAAUAUGGACGAAAAGCUACCUGGAUUGGUGCCAGUGGAGACCAGACAUUCCUUCGGAUCGAUGAGGCUCUUAUCAACUCCCAUGUCCUGGCUACUUCAGAGAUCUUUGCCAGCAAACACAUUAUUGGCCUUGUGCCCUCCUCUGUGUCUGAGCCACCUCCAUUUAAAUGCUUGCUUAUAAACAAAAUGGAUGGAAGCUGCAGGACCUUCAAUGACUCUGAGCAGGAGGACUUGCAGGGAUUUGGCUUGUGUCUGGACCCUGUGUAUGAUGUCGUAUGGAGGUUCUUGCCUGCUUUGAGAGAGAUGUGGUGCUACAAUGCGGUGAUUGCUGAUGCCAGGAUGCCCUCUGCUACAGAUCUACAGGCUCGCUGUAGCAUCCUCAGUCCAGAGCUUGCUUUGCCCUCAGGAUCACAUGCAACGACCACUCGCUCUCACGGAGCCCUACACAUCCUCGGUUGCCUGGACACUUUGGCGGCCAUGCAGGAGCUAAAGAUGGGCGUAGCCAGUGCAGAGGAAGAGACCCAGGCAGUGAUGAAGGUCUACUCUAAAGAAGACUACAGUGUGGUGAACCGCUUCGAAAGUCAUGGUGGUGGGUGGGGUUACUCAGCCCACUCUGUGGAGGCCAUCCGCUUCUGUGCUGAUGCUGACAUCCUGUUGGGUGGCCUUGGCCUGUUUGGGGGUCGUGGGGAGUACACUGCCAAGAUCAAGCUUUUUGAGCUGGGACCUGAUGGGGGUGACCAUGAGACAGAUGGUGAUCUGCUGGCUGAGACUGACGUACUGGCCUACGACUGUGCUGCCAGGGAGAAAUAUGCCAUGAUGUUUGAUGAGCCUGUGCUGCUGCAGCUGGGUUGGUGGUAUGUGGCGUGGGCCAGAGUGUCAGGUCCUAGCAGUGACUGUGGCUCUCAUGGACAGGCUACAAUUACCACAGACGAUGGUGUGGUCUUUCAGUUCAAAAGCUCUAAGAAGUCGAACAAUGGGACGGACGUUAAUGCGGGACAAAUACCCCAGCUACUUUACAGGCUAGUAAAGCUUCCUUCUAAUGAUGGCAAUGCAUCUAAAGGAAAACAGCAGACUAGUGAACCAGUCCAUAUCCUUAAACGCUCCUUUGCUCGAACAGUGUCAGUGGAGUGUUUUGAGUCUCUGCUCAGUAUCCUACACUGGAGUUGGACUACCUUGGUUUUGGGUGUGGAGGAGCUGCGAGGGCUGAAGGGCUUUCAGUACACAGCCACCCUGCUUGACCUAGAGAGACUGCGCUUUGUUGGCACAUGCUGCCUACGUUUGCUCAGGGUCUACAUCUGUGAGAUCUUUCCUAUUGCAGCCAGCACCAAAGCUGUGGUGGAGGAGUCGAGCAAGCUGGCUGAGUGUGUGGGAAAGACACGCAGCCUCCUGAAGAAGAUCCUGUCAGAAGGCAUGGACAAUUGCCUGACCAAGCUGGACAAUGACCCCCAGGGCUACUUGUCUCAGCCUCUCACCCUGCUGGAAGCUGUGCUGCAGGAGUGUCAUAACACUUUUACUGCCUGCUUUCAUUCAUUCUAUCCAACCCCAGCUCUGCAGUGGGCCUGCCUCUGUGAUCUACUGAACUGUCUUGACCAGGACAUUGCGGAAGCCAACUUUCGCACAUCCAGCAGCCGUUUGCUGGCAGCUGUGAUGUCAGCUCUCUGUAACACUUCAGUAAAGCUGACGUCCAUCCUGCCCAUUGCGUAUGACGGGGAGGUGCUGCUGCGCUCACUGGUCAAACAGGUCAGCACAGAGAAUGACUCGGCCCUUGCACACCGCUUCCCCCUGUUGGUGGCCCAUAUGGAGAAACUAAGCCAUACGGAGGAGAACUUGAUGGGCAUGACCAGUUUUCGUGAGGUGUUAGAGAAGAUGCUGGUGAUUGUUGUGCUGCCCGUGAGGAAGAGUUUGAGGAAAGAGGUGGAGCUGUUCUCUCCACACCUGGUCUCCAACACCUGUGGCCUGCUGGCCUCUAUUGUCUCCGAGCUCACUGCCUCCGCCCUCGGCUCUGAGGUUGACGGUCUGAACUCACUCCACUCUGUGAAAGCAUCUCCCAACCGCUUCACUAAAACAAGCCAGGGCCGGAGCUGGAACACAGGCAAUGGCUCACCGGAUGCCAUCUGUAUGACUGUGGACAAGCCAGGGGUUGUGCUAGUGGGCGUCUGUGUCUAUGGAGGAGGGGGCAUUCAUGAGUAUGAACUAGAAGUGUUGGCUGAUGAUGCACAGACAGAGCACCCAGGGGACUCGGCACAUUCUCACAGGUGGACAUCUCUUGAGCUGGUCAAGGGCACCUACAGCACUGAUGACUCUCCUAGUGACAUUGCUGAGAUUCGCCUAGACAAAGCUGUGCCACUUAAGGAAGGGGUAAAGUAUGCUGUGAGAUUGCGAAAUUACGGCAGCAGGACAGCUAAUGGGGAUGGAGGCAUGACCACAGUGCAGUGCUCGGAUGGUGUGUCCUUCACUUUCAGCACUUGCAGCUUGAGUAGCAAUGGGACCAACCAGACCAGAGGACAGAUCCCCCAGAUCCUUUACUACAGGAGUGAGUAUGAUGGCGACCUCCAGUCUCAGCUGCUCAGCAAAGCCAAUGAGGAAGACAAGAACUGCAGCCGAUCCCUAUCUGUCGUCAGUGCUGUGGUCAGAGCUGCAAAGGACCUGCUUCACAGGGCAUUUGCUGUCGAUGUGGAUGAUAUUCCUGAAUUAUUAAGUUCCUCCAGCUUGUUCUCCAUGCUCCUGCCCCUUAUUUUGGCCUACAUUGGCCCGGUGGCUGCAUCUGUACCUAAGGCUGCUGUGGAGGUCUUUGGACUGGUCCAGGAGCUGUUACCUGCUGUCUCUGCACUCAACCAAAAAUACGCCCCACCCACCUUCAAUCCCAACCAAUCGACAGACAGCACGACUGGCAACCAGCCUGAACAGGGCUUGUCAGCUUGUACCACCUCCAACUACUACUCUGUAAUGGAGAGUGAUCACCCUUACAAGCAAGCAGGUGUCACACAAUACAAGGUAUCAUUUCCAGAGUGUGUUCGUUGGACCACCAUUGAGUUUGAUCCACAGUGUGGCACUGCACAGCCAGAGGACGUCCUCCGCCUGCUCAUCCCAAGCAGAACUCUCCACCUGUCCAGCCUGGGAGGCAAACCUCUGAUGCAUGACACCAUCAACACCUGGACUGAGCUGAAGAAGUUUUCAGGCAUCACAGGCUGGCCAACCACCGUGCUUGUGCUGCCAGGAAAUGAAGUUCUCUUCUCACUGGAAACGGCCUCAGAUUAUGUCAAAGAUGAGAAAGCUUGCUUCUACGGCUUUAAGUGUGUGGCAGUGGGAUAUGAGUUCAACCCGGGCGCUGAUGAGGGUAUCAUCCAACUAGAGAAAGAGUUAGCCUUCCUGGGCAGCGUCUGUGCUGCAGCUCUGAUGAAGAAAGACCUCGCCCUCCCACUUGGCAAUGAAUUAGAGGAGGAUCUUGAGAUUCUUGAAGAAGCCUCUUUACAGGUGUGUAAGUCCCACUCAGGGAUCCUGGGAAAGGGUCUGGCCUUGUCUCACUCCCCUACCAUCCUUGAAGCCCUGGAGGGGAAUUUGCCCCUUCAUCUCCAAACCAACGAGCACUCCUUCCUUGAGGACUUCAUCACCUGUGUACAGAAUUCAAGUGGAGGACGUUUGGCCAGGUGGCUGCAGCCAGACUCUUAUGCUGACCCUCAGAAGACGUCUCUCAUUCUGAACAAAGAUGAUAUACGCUGUGGAUGGCCAGCUACUGUGGUUGUACAGACCAAAGACCAGUAUGGAGAUGUGGUGCACGUUCCCAACAUGAAGGUGGAGGUGAAGGCUGUACCCGUUUCCCAAAAGAAGUCAAUGCAGCCUGAGAAUGUAAAGAAACUCCAGCGCCUACCUGGAAGCUCCUCCCCUUCGUCCUCUGGACCCGACCUUACCUUUGGAGGAUUGCCAAUGCCCAAGCUGGAGUCCACAUAUGAGCCUGUGAUUGUGAAAGAAGCUCGAUACAUUGCUAUUACCAUGAUGAAGGCAUAUGAAAACUACUCCUUUGAAGAGCUGCGAUUUGCCUCCCCCACCCCAAAGAGACCCAGUGAGAACAUGCUGAUUCGUGCCAACACUGAUGGAACCUACAGUGCUAACUGGACUCCAGGAGCAGUUGGCCUCUAUACAAUCCAUGUAACUAUUGAUGGCAUUGAAAUCGAUGCUGGUUUGGAGGUUGAAGUCAAAGAUCCUCCAAAAGGUAUGAUACCACCAGGAACUCAGAUGGUGAAACCGAAGGCUGAACCUCAGCCUAGCAAGGUCCGCAAAUUUGUGUCCAAGGACAGCGCAGGCCUGCGUGUGCGUAGUCACCCCUCCCUGCAGAGUGAACAGAUAGGCAUAGUGCAUGUCAAUGGCACCAUCACUUUCAUUGACGAGAUCCACAAUGAUGAUGGUGUGUGGCUCAGGCUCAAUGAUGAAACAGUAAAGAAGUAUGUUCCCAGCAUGAAUGGGUACACUGAAGCCUGGUGCCUCUCUUUUAACCAGCACCUUGGCAGGAGCCUACUGGUCCCAGCUGACAAUGUCUUUAACGCUAGCCAAGGAGUCAGGGAUAUCGGCUUUUUGUCGUGGACCCCCUUAACUGUAUUCCCACCACAGGAGGUCAGGGGCCAAUCGGAGGAGAACGUUAAGGAGGUGAGCAGCUGCCCUUCCCAUGAGGCCCCCAUUCGGGUGCAGAACAGGGCAGGGCAGGGCGGCGGCCCGGGGCUUUAUAAGGUAGUGAAGACCGGCCCCUCUGGUCACAACAUCAGAAGCUGCCCAAACCUUAGGGGUAUCCCCAUUGGAAUGUUAGUUCUUGGCAACAAGGUCAAGGCCAUAGGCGAGGUGGUCAACUCAGAGGGAACCUGGGUUCAGCUGGACAAGAACAGUGUAGUGGAGUUCUGUGAGAGUGAUGAAGGAGAGGCCUGGUCAUUGGCCAGAGACCGUGGAGGAAACCAGUACCUUCGCCAUGAUGAGGAACAAGCUUUGCUUGAGCAUGGGGCCCAGACUCCACCACCAAGCCCUUUUUCUGUGCAAGCCUUCAACAGAGCCGCAACUUCAAAUGGAGCACAGGGCUUUGAUUACGGCAUCUCCAACAACAAAGGUGACCGGUUGAGUGCCAUACUGAAUUCCAUUCAGUCUGGGCCUUUCCUCUCAGCAGCUCCCUCUUCCUCCGUAUUUGAGCAAGCCGCCCAACCUCCCUCCUCCUCCUCCUCUUCCUCCCUUGUCCACAGCCCAUUUGUGUUUGGACAGUCCCCCUCCCAACUGUCUCAGCCACAACCACAGCUUCUGAAUGGUUCAUCUCGCAGCCUUGCUUCUCGUGAGCGCGCGCAAAAAAGCAGUGUGUCUGUGGCUGGGCAUGGCACUGCUCUCUCAUCUCUUGCUCUGAGGCAAAAGGGUGACAGGGGGAGCCUGAUGUCUGGUGCACGGCCGAUGUCCCCAUCCUCAAAACAUCGUCAGGAAAAUCGCUCAUCCAAACAGGAAAGUCGGGGAAGCCGCUCAGUCGAACAGAGCAGGAGCAAGACUGGGGAGGGUGGACUCUCAGCCAGUGAAGCGCUCAUCCUACGGUCAGAUACAGCCAAACUGAGGUCUGACUCUCACAGUCGCUCUCAUUCGCCCAAUCACAAUACUUUGCAAGCUCUGAAGGCAGAUGGUAGAACUUCGGGACUUAGAGCUGAGUCUCCAAACCCUGGCUCUCGCUCCUCUUCUCCCAAACAAAAAGGUGUGUCCUCCUCAGGCAGGCUGAGUCCCUCCAACACCACCUCCCAGCACUCCUCUUCACCCCACCAUGACAAGAACCUUCCACCAAAAGUUAGUCCCUCCUCCAAAGCCCGAUUUGACCCUCCCAGAGAGAGAUCCAAGUCAGAUUCUUACACUUUGGACCCAGACACACUCAGAAAGAAGAAGAUUCCACUUACAGAGCCACUUAGAGGCCGAUCUACCUCCCCUAAACCAAAACUGUCCCCUAAAGAUCCAAAUCAAGGCGUAAUCAACAAUGCAGAGAACCGUGUUCCUUCUCCUCAUGUAACUCAAGAGAACCUUCAUAGUGAAGUAGUGGAAGUAUGCACCUCUACUGCUCUCCUCUCUGAGGACGGCAAUGAUGAGAAUGCAGAGGUCCACAAUGCUGAUGAAGACUCAUGUAAGGUGCACUUUAGCAUCGGCAAAGCUCCUGUGAAAGAUGAAUUAGAGAGUCGCUCUUCACCUAAAGUUAGUCGCAAAACCUCCAGUCGACACACACGCUCAAAGAAGGACAAAUCUGGGCCCCUCUUUAAAGGUGAGAGUACAUCAAAGGUCACAGAGCCUGUCAAACAGGCCAUGUCACCCUCUGUGGCAGAGUGUGCGCGAGCGGUUUUUGCAGCAUUCCUUUGGCAUGAAGGUAUCGUCCAUGAUGCCAUGGCCUGCUCGUCCUUCCUGAAGUUCAACCCAGACUUGACCAAAGAGCACGCCCCGAUACGCAAUUCCUUGGGAGGACAGGGUGCUGAGGAGAAGGAGAGUAAGUUAAAGAACCGGCACUCUUUGGAGAUUUCCUCUGCACUUAACAUGUUUAAUAUUGCUCCACAUGGUCCAGACAUCUCUAAAAUGGGCAGCAUCAACAAAAACAAGGUGCUGUCCAUGUUGAAGGAACCCCCAUUGCCAGAGAAGUGUGAAGAUGGCAAAGGAGACGGCAUUUCCUAUGAGAUGACUUCUAAUCCUUCUAUGAGGGCAAAAUCAAUCCUACCAUUAACAUUACAGCAUUUGGUGGCCUUUUGGGAGGACAUAUCAAUGGCCACCAUCAAGGCAGCAACUCAGAACAUGAUCUUCCCCAGCCCAGGGUCCAGUGCCAUCUUAAAGAAGAAGGAACAUGAGAAAGACAGUAAGAAGGCAAAGAAGGAGAAGAAGAAAAGGGAGAAGGCAGAGGUGCGUCCAAGAGGGAAUCUGUUUGGAGAGAUGGCACAGCUUGCCAUGGGUGGACCUGAAAAAGACACUAUCUGUGAGCUGUGCGGGGAAUCUCACCCAUAUCCUGUCACCUACCAUAUGAGACAAGCUCACCCAGGGUGUGGACGCUAUGCUGGAGGCCAGGGCUACAACAGUAUUGGCCAUUUCUGUGGUGGUUGGGCUGGGAACUGUGGCGACGGAGGCAUAGGAGGCAGCACCUGGUACCUGGUCUGUGAUCGCUGUCGGGAAAAAUAUCUAAGAGAAAAGCAGACUGCUGCCAGGGAAAAGGUAAAGCAGUCAAGGAAGAAACCCCUUCAAGUGAAGACACCAAGAGCCCUUCCCACAAUGGAGGCCCACCAGGUGAUCAGAGCAAAUGCUUUGUUCCUGCUGUCCCUCAGCAGUGCUGCUGAGCCCAGCAUGCUGUGCCACCACCCUCCCCGGCCCCUGCAUUCCCAGCUGCUCCCCAGCCUCAAGGAAGGCAUUUCGGAUGAACUCCCCAAUAAAAUGGGCUGCCUCUACCUGCAGACACUAGCUAGACAACACACAGAGAACUUUGGGGCAUACCAAGAUGAUAACCUCUUCCAAGAUGAGAUGAGGUAUUUGCGCUCCACUUCUGUUCCUGCGCCAUACAUUUCAGUCACCCCUGAUGCCUGCCCCAAUGUGUUUGAGGAACCAGAAAGCAACAUGAAAUCAAUGCCUCCUAGGCUCUCUAUUAGUCUGGAGACCAGUCCAAUCACAGACAGCGACACGACUAAGCGCACAGUGUUUCAAAGGUCUUACUCAGUCGUUGCCUCCGAGUAUGACAAGCAGCACUCGCCCUCUCCAGCCCGAAUCAAAGCUGUGCCCAGACGCAGGGUCCAUAGUGGCGAUGCAGAAGUGGGCUCUUCCUUGUUGAGACACCCGUCUCCAGAGCUCUCUCGGCUCAUCUCGGCACACGGCUCCCUCAGUAAAGGGGAGAGGAACUUCCAGUGGCCUGUCUUGGCUUUUGUUAUCCAACACCAUGACCUGGAAGGCCUGGAGGUGGCCAUGAAGCAUGCACUGAGAAAGUCCGCCUGUAGAGUGUUUGCCAUGGAGGCUUUCAAUUGGCUACUGUGCAACGUAAUCCAGACUACAUCACUACACGACAUCCUCUGGCAUUUUGUAGCAUCGCUCACCCCGUCACCCUUUGAACCAGAGGAUGAGGAAGAUGAUGAGAACAAGGGGAACAAAGAAAUUGUGGAACAGGAAAGAGACCUUGGCGUCUGUGAACACCCUCUGUCGGAUAUUGUUAUUGCUGGGGAGGCGGCUCAUCCUCUCCCUCACACUUUCCACCGCCUCCUGCAGACCAUUUCUGACCUCAUGAUGUCACUUCCUAGUGGCAGCUCACUUCAGCAGAUGGCACUUAGGUGUUGGAGUCUCAAGUUUAAGCAGUCGGACCACCAGUUUCUCCACCAGAGCAACGUUUUCCAUCACAUCAACAAUAUUUUGUCCAAGUCAGAUGAUGGAGACAGUGAGGAGAGCUUUAACAUCAGUGUGCAGUCAGGCUACGAAGCAAUGAGCCAGGAUCUUUGCCUGGUGACCUGUCUGAAGGAUUUAACCAGUGUAGUUGAUAUUAAGACGUCCAGUCGUCCUGCCAUGAUUGGCAGCCUGACGGAUGGCUCCACAGAAACCUUCUGGGAAUCUGGAGAUGAGGACAAGAACAAAACCAAGAGCAUCACCAUCAGCUGUGUGAAAGGCAUAAAUGCCUCCAACGUGUCUGUACAUGUAGACAACUCCAGAGACAUUGGGAACAAAGUCACAUCAGUUACAUUCCUAUGUGGAAAAGCAAUAGAGGACCUCUGCAGAAUCAAACAGGCUGACCUUGAUUCUCGUCACAUGGGCUGGGUAACAAGUGAGCUCCCUGGAGGAGAUCAUCAUGUGAUCAAGGUGGAACUGAAGGGUCCAGAAAACACCUUGAGAGUCCGUCAGGUGAAGGUGCUCGGUUGGAAAGAGGGUGAGAGCAUCAAGAUUCCUGGGCAGAUCUCAGCCAGCAUGGCCCAACAGAAGAACUGUGAGGCUGAGACCCUCCGGGUUUUCCGCCUCAUCACCUCACAGGUCUUUGGGAAGCUAAUCUGUGGAGAUGCAGAACCAACUCCAGAACAGGAGGAGAAGAACCUGCUUUCAUCACCAGAAGGGGAAGACAAGGCGCCAUCUGAUGCAGACCUCAAAGAGCACAUGGUGGGAAUAAUUUUCAGCAGGAGCAAACUGACCAACUUGCAAAAACAGGUGUGUGCCCACAUCGUCCAGGCCAUUCGUAUGGAAGCCACGCGUGUGAGGGAGGAGUGGGAGCAUGCCAUAUCCAGCAAAGAAAACGCUAACUCUCAGCCCAGUGAUGAUGACGCCUCCUCAGACGCCUACUGCUUUGAGCUCCUGUCCAUGGUCCUGGCUCUUAGUGGCUCCAAUGUGGGCCGCCAGUACCUCGCUCAGCAGCUUACACUCAUGCAAGACCUGUUUUCUCUGCUGCACACAGCUUCUCCACGUGUACAGAGACAGGUGACAUCUUUGCUUAGACGCGUCCUUCCAGAGGUCACACCAGUGCGACUUGCCAGCAUCAUCGGGGUGAAGGCUCUGCCACCAGCAGAUAUCAGCGACAUCAUCCAUUCCACAGAGAAGGGUGACUGGACCAAACUUGGCAUCUUGGACAUGUUCCUGGGCUGCAUCGCAAAAGCCCUCACUGUACAGCUGAAAGCCAAAGGCACCACCAUCUCUGGCACAGCUGGCAUGGCUGCUGGAAAAGGGGUCACCACUGUCACACUGCCCAUGAUCUUCAACUCCAGUUACAUCCGCAGAGGGGAGAGCCACUGGUGGAUGAAAGGCUCCACCCCUCCUCAGAUUGCAGAGAUAAUCAUAAAGCUGGUCAAAGACAUGGCAGCUGGUCACCUGUCAGACGCUUGGUCUAGAGUCACCAAAAAUGCAAUAGCAGAGACCAUUAUAGCACUUACUAAAAUGGAGGAGGAGCAUCGGUCACCUGUACGCUGCAUCGCAACCACAAGGCUGUGGUUGGCCUUAGCAUCACUGUGCGUGCUCGACCAGGACCAUGUAGACAGGCUGUCCUCUGGUCGCUGGAUGGGCAAAGAUGGACAGCAGAAGCAGAUGCCCAUGUGUGACAACCAUGACGAUGGUGAGACGGCGGCCAUUAUACUGUGUAACAUGUGUGGCAACCUUUGCACCGACUGUGACCGAUUCCUCCACCUGCACAGACGCACACGCUCCCACCAGAGACAGGUGUUCAAGGAAGAAGAGGAGGCCAUAAAAGUGGAUCUCCAUGAAGGCUGUGGGAGGACCAAACUCUUCUGGCUCAUGGCUCUGGCUGACUCAAAGACUAUGAAGGCAAUGGUGGAGUUCAGAGAGCACACAGGUAAACCGGCAUCCAGCAGCUCAGAUGCCUGCAGGUUCUGUGGUACGAGGAAUGGCACAGAGUUGUCUGCAGUGGGAAGUGUGUGCUCAGACCCAGACUGCCAGGAGUAUGCCAAACUAGCAUGCAGUAAGACUCAUACUUGUGGCCAUCCCUGUGGAGGAGUUAAGAACGAGGAGUCCUGCCUGCCAUGUCUGCAUGGCUGCGACAAGAGCACCGGCUGUCUGAAACAGGAUGCCGAUGACAUGUGCAUGAUCUGCUUUACUGAAGCCCUCUCUGCUGCUCCUGCUGUACAGCUGGACUGCACUCAUGUGUUCCACCUUCAGUGCACUCGUCGUGUUCUUGAAAAUCGUUGGUUGGGGCCCAGAAUCACGUUUGGCUUCAUGUUGUGUCCAAUCUGUAAGAACAAAAUUAACCACUCGGUGAUCAAGGACCUACUCGAUCCUAUCAAAGAGCUCUAUGAGGAUGUGAGAAGAAAGGCUCUGAUGAGGCUGGAGUAUGAGGGUCUGCAUAAGAGUGAGGCAAUAACUACACCAGGAGCUCGAUUCCACAAUGACCCUGCAGGCUUUGCCAUGAACCGAUAUGCAUACUAUGUCUGCUACAAGUGCAAGAAGGCGUACUUUGGUGGAGAAGCUCGCUGUGAUGCAGAGGCAGGACAGGGAGACGACUACGACCCCAGGGAGCUUAUUUGUGGAGCAUGCUCAGAUGUCUCAAGAGCACAGAUGUGCUCCAAGCAUGGCACAGACUUCCUGGAGUACAAAUGUCGGUACUGCUGCUCUGUGGCUGUUUUCUUCUGCUUUGGCACCACACAUUUCUGCAACGCCUGCCACGAUGACUUCCAGAGGAUGACCAGUGUCCCUAAGGAGGAACUACCCCACUGUCCUGCAGGACCUAAAGGGAAGCAGCUGGAAGGUACUGAGUGCCCUUUGCAUGUGGUUCACCCACCAACAGGGGAGGAGUUUGCCUUGGGCUGUGGAGUGUGUAGGAAUGCCCACACCUUCUAAACAACAUGAGACCUUUACUGAAAACCAGUUUUCUACUGUGAUCUCUGGCUGCAGCUGCAGAAGCUCAGCCGUGAAGCUUGGCUCUUGCUUUGUCAAGUCUCCUGGACACUGGACCAGGUUUCUGCUCUACGCCAAGAGUCCUCAGGUCUGCUCUUCUACCUACAUCAGUAACCCGGCCCUGCUGCAAAGAUGCACUUGGCUCCUUUUGGAUUCAGAGUGACCUGAAUGUGGGGAAAAAAAGAACAAUAUAAUUUAAAAAAGAAGAUUAAAAAAAAAGAAAAUAACUUGUGACGUGUUUGCAUGCGGCCGUUGUAUUCCCUCGGCUUCUAUAGACGUUGCACACCUUCAGAAGUGUAACAGUACAAGAUUAAACAUUGAAAAUUAAUUUGCUUAAAGGCAACUGUGGAUCAGCGUAAGUAUAAAAAAAGGAACAGGCCCUAUUUCCAGCUUCCUAACUAUAAAUUUAAAAUGUUGUAUGUAAACCUUUUUUCGUAAUCUUGUACAGUAUUCUCCACUGUCAAGUGCAUCAUUGAUAAACGGACAAAAAAAAAGUCGGUGGAAAAAGACUGUUAAAAUAAUAUUUGGGCAGAAUAUAGUGUACGAUUUAUCUAAUCUUGUAUAUAACGAUACUAUUCAAAAUAGCUGUAUUACGAAGUUGCUACUCUUCACUUCAGUUUUGUUUGAUAUUCUGGGUUAUGUUUUGAGCCAGAACUUUUAAUGAAGUGCAAUACUGGGUGUGCCUCCUAUUUUGCAGCUGUUUAACCUAUGGAAUGUAUGUCAAUAAAGCCACUGUACAUUUUUA